CAUAUACAUGCUCUUAUUCCUGCUGCAUUGCACAAAACCUGAUCUUCCAUUUACCAUUUUUCAUCUGAAAGAUCAAGAAAACAAAAUCUGUCUAAUAAUACAUUUUUAAAAAAAGAAGACAUUACCACAUUUUAUGGUAAGAAUGGGGCUUGCAAGGUCUAAACCUUUCAAAGUCAAACAAGCCCAGAUCCUAAUGCUUGGGCUUGAUUCAGCAGGGAAAUCUACGCUUUUGUACAAGAUGAAGUUCAACGACGUCUUCCUAACAUUGCCAACAGUAGGUUUCAAUGUAGAAAUGAUUGAAACUGGAGAAAACGUGUCCUUAACCGUUUGGGAUGUUGGAGGACAGCACAAAAUGAGGACUGUUUGGGGCAACUACUUGGAAAACGUCGAUGGCCUGGUCUACGUUGUGGACAGCUCUGAUAGGCAACGCUUGGACGAGUCGAAGAAAGAGUUGGAGCUUAUCUUGAAGAGUGACAGGAUAAAGAAUGUGCCUGUGAUUGUCCUAGCAAACAAACAGGAUCUCCCGGGAGCUUCGGACGCUGAGGAAAUCACCAGGAAAUUCAACAUGAAGAAACACUGUCAUGACCGAAACUGGUACGUACAGCCCUGCUGUGCCCUUACAGGGGAAGGCCUGCCUGAAGCUCUCCGGAAACUAACAUCAUUUGCAAAAUCAUGUGUGAAAUCUAAACAAGAAGCUUUUACGAUUUUCAAGCAAGAUUAACUUAUUUCUAUCUAACCAAGUGGAACUGAAGCAUCCAAAGAAAACUUUACAACAUAAUUCAUGAGCAAGUGACUGUACAUAGUUUGAGUGCGGUUCUGUUUACUGUAAAUAUAUGCAUAAAUCCAUGGAAAUUAAUUUGCCUUACAUUCCAGCUGUAAAAUUUAUACAAACAGAUCUGCCUACAAGAGCAGCAUAAUGCCAAAAUGUGAAACAUUAGUAUGUCUGCACAUAAUCACAAAACUUAUAUAACAUUUGUUAAAAAAUCAUUUUUGUUUAGAUUCCCCCCCCAUUAAAUUAGAAAGCGCUUUAUGUAAAACACAAAAUGGUAAUUUUUAUUAUAUUUUAUCCUGUUUUUCAUCUAAAAUUUGGUUCCUAGAUCAAGUUACAUGGCUUGAACAAUACAAAAUCCUACUUGUUGUGGAGAGGGUUCAACAUCAGUGUAGUAUACACUGAAAAACAGUGUCGUAUAGUGGUUAGAUUUUUCAGAGCAGAAUCUGGGAUCCCCACUCUGUCAUGGGAGCUCACAUUUUCACCCUAACUCAUCUCACAAGCUUGUUGUAAAGAUAAAAAGGAGGAGAGGAGAAUGAUGUAAGCUGCUUUGGGUCCUCGCUGUGGAGAAAGGUGUAGUAUAAAUGAAGUAAAUAAAUAAUUAAUAAAACUGGAGAUGGGAGGCAGAUAAAAGGUAGAUUGGUGAGUGAAGUCAUUCCUGGCAUGUCAACGAAGGCUCUGGAGCGCGUGAGAAUGCACUUCAGAGCUCCUGGGCCUUUCCCUGCACCUUCCACCUCUGCUGGCCAGGUAUGAGGCAGCAGGGGGCACAGACUGGGAGCAGGGGAUCUCCCGCUCCUACCAGGGGACCGGGAACCCUAGUGAGUGGGUGGAAAGGAGGGAAGGUAAGGAUAUGGAGGUUACCAGGAGGAGGGAAAGAGGAUACAGGGGGAAAUGCCAUGCCCUCCACAAGUUUGUGCAGGUUCCCCACUGAGCAACUGGUUCCUCCACUUGGCCCAGCAACUAGUUUUCCUGGAUAGAGGUUGCCCGGGGGAGGGAAGGAGGGAAAAGAUGAAGACAGGGGAACAUAUAAAGGUAGGUUAACUAGUGGGUAGAAAGGAGAGACAGAAGCAGGAAAAGGGGAGAGGCUAUGGGGGCUUUCAGGGAAGGGAAAGAAGAAAUGGGGGGGGUGAGAUGCCCCCUGAAAAUCCUUGUGGGUUCUCCACUAGUACAGUCACAUUGAUCAAAUCCUUAAAGAACUGGAAUUGUUACCACUUGGUUCCUGAGCCCAAUUUAAUGUACCAACCCAAUCAUACACUGUGAUGUUCCUCAAGUGUCCUGUUCUGCUUUUUUCUCAUCAGAGGAGUAAUGAAUGGCUACACAAGACAGGGCAUUCUUGGUGGCAACACCAUGCCUGUCUUUAUUUUCUCUUCUUCUGGGGUGUGAGGAAGAAAAUUGGUUCAGCAGUGGAGUGCAUAAUUUUCAGUCCCUGGUAUCUUCAGUGAAAAGACCACAGGUAGUAGUGUUGGGAAAGACCUCUCUCUACCUAGACCCUGGAGAGCCACUGCAGUGAUGAGCUAGAUAAGCUAGAUGGACCCAUGAGCUGGCUUGGUAUAGGGUAGCUUCUUAUGUUCAUAUUUGUAAUACUGUUGAUUUGUGUAUUUUUAUUGUUGCUAUUUCAUUUUACUGUUCUUACAUUUUACUGUUGCCAGCUGCUAAUAGACCAGGGCCGUCGUCAUACGGGCUUUUAUUUAGCGCUAAAAUGGCGCUAUUUCCUGGCAAACACCCACCUUAUUCCAACACUGUAGCGAUUUUCUCUCUUCUGCUUUGCGCUUGAUAGUCGCGCUAUUUUGUGCCUCAGUGUGAAUGCCUCACAUCGAUGUAUUUCGCCUCGCAACGUCCUAUGCCCUCCCUUCAAUCCCAGAAUCCAUUUCUUCCUGAGACUCCCCCUUUUUUAUUUUAUUAAGUCCUUAUAACGCCAUAACGACAUAACACAAUGCAAACUUUCUGCUGAAGUAAAAAUGACUCAAUCGCCAUGGCACAGUCUUCAGCGAUGGGGAUCAUGUCAGACAGGAAGUUUUCUGUGGGCAAAGGGCUACUUAUAUAAUUUCAAAGUUGGAAAAACAAAAGGGUUGUAAUGUUUUGCUCUAAUGGAAUGUUUAUAUGCUGUUAUUCCGUUAUAGCGGAAUUAAACACCAGAAUAAUAAAAAGGGGGGGGGAGCUGCUUUUGCGCGGUUAGAGAGAACAGAACAGAGUGCUUCAGUGUGGACAGCUGGUGGCGCGAAGAGCCGUUAGGUGACCCAAAGAAACGUUACUGUGCCGAUAACAGGUAGGACGCUAUAUGCUGUAAAUUUAACGGAAGAGAUGCCCGUGUGACGACGGCCCAGGAGGCCAAAAAAGAAAAAAAAGUAUAAAUUUAAAAAAAUUUAAGACAUUAAAAUAAUCAUAGUCCAUAAUCUCUUCCAUAAACUAUUUGUCAGAGUCCUGGACUCCAGACAUUUAUUUAAAAGCCAGUAUAUUGCUGAAAAUCUUGUCCAAACAUACCAGUCUGAUGGGAUAUCAAAAGGUUGCCACUUCAGUAUUUCAACAUGUUACACUGAGGCAGCAAUUAGACUGCAGAAGCUGGGUCUACAAAAGACCUCUCCCCAAAGCCUCCUUGCUGCUUCCAGGAAGGAGAAGGACUUGAGAGGAAGUUCGAGCUGCUUGUCUUCCAAUUGUCAACAUCUACAAGGGAGUUGUUGUUGUUGUUGUUGUUGUUGUUGUUGUUAUUAUUAACUGUGCUUACAUACUGCUCUUCUAGACAGAUUAGUGCCUCACCCAGAGCAGUGAACAAGUUAGUAUUAUUAUCCCCACAAUACAGCUGGGGAGCUGGGGCUGAGAGGAGUAGCUUACCCAAGGCCUCCUACUGAGCUCAUGGCAGUAGUGGGAUUUGAACCAGAAGAGUGCUGAUUCGCAGCCAAAACCUUAACCACUGUGCUACAGCAGAGUAGAAGAAAUUGCUGCAAUAGCUGGAGCAGCAGGAGGUUUGGGAGAGAACUAGAAAUGAACCCACAAAGACAGCAUCCUUUAAUCAUCUUUGCCAAGAAUGCCGUAUCUCCAGCAUAGGCAAGAGUUAUCCUUGACACCAAAAGCAAAACUCUGUCAUUCCACCAACUGGAGAAGCUUGUCUGAAGGCACACGUUAUCAGAGACCAACUUCCUCUCCCCACAGUCCUUUAAACUGUUAAAGGCAUUCCUUCACAACGUAAAAGAGGCCAAGCUGGGCUUCGAGGAGGCACACCUGAGGGCAAUGUUCUUGUAGGCCAACUGACUCUUCCUCUUCACUCUUUCCACUGAAGCAGCCCUCUUUGCUUUUUAAAGGAUCUUUGGGGGGGGGUCACAGUGGGUUCAGAACUGGUAUGCUGUCACUAUUCCUCCCCUCACUAGGCCCCAGGCUUAUGCAGUUCAAGCAACAGGCCCCUUUUUACCCUGAUGGCCUAACUACUAUUCUGAAAUCUGCUCAAGUCCUGUCAUGUAGACAUGAGCUGAAAGCUCCCAGCUGACGUUUAGAUUUUCAGGCAUCUGGGGACUGACUGAAACUGAGAGAGGGCUUAAUUCAACCCCUCCGCCUCAAUGCCAUUUUCCCAACAUAAAUGCCCCUAGGGAACCAUUCGUUGUCCUUUAGUUUCCCCUAUAGGGCAGACAACAGGUCCCCGCAACCAUUUUCAGAUCAGGAAAAUGCCAUGAAAGGAGGCUCAAGUUCCCUCUUCUUGCACACCAUUGGUCCUUAUCUGAAUAAGCUCUACAUAGCGGAGAAUCCGAGUUUCAACUGAGAAUGUUGAGUCAACAUGCCAGAUGGGUGGACCCAUGAACACAAUGUUGUGUCCUUAAGCCUAACUCCUCCUCCACCACCUUUUGCCCCCUGGCCCCACUCAUCUGGCUGGCCAUGAAGAAAGAAGUGGGGGAGGCAGGUUGGGAGCCACCAAAGCAUUUAGCAAAAUGGCACUCAUGUGUGCUCUUGAUGCUCUGAAAACCUAGUGAAAAACUGAAAGAUACAGGGUCUCAUUGGGGUCAAAUCAGCCCCCAACUAAGGGAAAUGCUAUGUUUGGGGCCAGUUUUGGCCCUGCUGAGACCCCAUAGCUUUUGGUUUCCAACCAGAAGUAAUGUCAUCGGGGCCUCUGGAGUAUGCAAGUGCAAAGCACAUGCACAAGGAGCCUGGAUCGAGGCCCUGUGCCUGCCUUUCAACCCCAUCCUCUGCUUCUGAGGUACAAGGGGUUGGUAACCCUAACUGAGCCUCAUCAACCUCACAAGUAGGAGUGCUGGGCCAAGCCUGGCAACCAGCAGCAAGGUUGGGGAUGGGGACAUGGGGGGGGGGCAUGUGACAUUGGUGAUAUCAAGUUUACCACAGAAUUUCCAGAAUUCCUACAGCUACUGUUGUCACUUCUAGGUUGUGCCCAGAAAUGAUGUGCCAUCUAUUAGGCUUGAGACUUUCCACCCUUUAUUUAUCAGCAAUGUUGGUUUUAUCAUAGAGUUUCUAGUGAUUCCUAGAGCUACUAUUGUAGGCAACUGGGCUGGAGCCUUUUUUUUCUUUAUUUUUCUCCCACCGCCACUCAGAACAGUGGUGGGCAAUGGAGGAGGAAAUCCCCAAGAGUUUUCCCGACAGAAAGCCAGUUUGGUGUAGUGGUUAAGAGCAUGGGACUCUAAUUUGGAGAGCCGGGUUUGAUUCUCCACUCCUCCACGAAGCCAGCUGGGUGACCUUGGGCAAGUCACAGUUCUCUGGAGCUCUCUCAGCCCCACCCACCUCACAGGGUGAUUGUUGUGGGGUAAUAAUAACACUUUGUAAACCGCUCUGAGUGGGCAUUAAGUUGUCCUGAAGGGCGGUAUAUAAAUCGAAUGUUGUUGUUGUUGUUGUUGUUGUUGUUGUUGUUAUAUGUUAUCAAAUGGUAAACCUAUUGUGAAGAUACAAUGAAGGAAAGAAGAACAAUACUUUUUGUCCUCACUGGGGUGUAAAUGAAAUGAAUAAAAUGGGGUGUAAAUGAAAUAAAUAAAUAAAAUAAACUACAGCUUCUAGUGUGCUCAUACUGCUUUGCUAUCUGCUUCCAAUCCAAGUAGGUUUGCCAGGCCCACUGGGUGUGAAACCAGGGAUGGGCUGGUGGUAUGUUAGGGCCAAAUCCAGAGAUUUACUUUGCACACAUGCACUCUGAAGCUUUUCCGCAAUGCACGGGGAAUGAUAUAAUUCCCAGUGCAAUACAGAAAUACUCCAGAGCACGUGGAAGCACACUGUGGGUUUCCCUGAGCCCGUUAUUGUACCUCCCCCUCCCACGCCAACCAUGUGAGAAAUGGCAGGGGCCAGAAGCUGUGAAUGGGG